GCAACGGUGUUUGACAAAUCACCAUUGGAGUGAAGUUAGUGUCCAUAAAAUGUAUCCUGUAUGCUUUCAGAGGUAAAAUGUUUGAAUUAAGCCUAGGUUAGCUGCCGUAUCUGGCUGUCAUCUGGUUUCUAGGCUAGACUGAGCUAAGCUAGCGUUAGCCAGACUGAUAUUUUGACAGCUAUCUUCUUCCAAUGAUGUCUUUUCAAGAGUCACCUCGGGCUGCUGCCGACGAAGAGGAGGCUUUCUACAUGCAGUGCAGAGCAGCAUACCUUGCUGUGUUCAGAUCUAGUUUGACAAAUAUCGCUUCGAGACAGCAGUUAUGUCGUGUUCUCCAGCAGGCUGGUAGAAAUCCAUCCAACACCAUUCUCAAUAAAUACUGGACGCCAAGAACAUCUAAACUGAACUUUGAUGACUUCUGUGAGAUUCUCAAGUGUGAGAAGAAAACCGAGGAAAAUGAGCUGAUGAGAACCUUCAAAAAGAUGGACGUGAACGGUGACGGCUUCAUCACACAUAGUGAGCUGGAGAAAGCCCUUAGCACUAGAGGAGAGAAAAUGACCACAGAGGAGAUGAAUGCCAUUUUCACAUUAGCUGACAUCAACGAGGAUGGCAAAUUUGACUAUUCAAAAUUCUGCAGAUUGCUUGUGUCUACAGUGGAGCAGUGUCAAAUAGCUGCUUUGGAGAGGCUUGAGGCUGAUGCCAAGCUAAAGAGACAGAACUUUGGCAGCCAGUCAUACAGCCCUCCAAAACCCUCCGUGUCAUUGGCAUCAUCAGCAGCUCAAGCAGCAUCUCAACCUCAGCCUCCAGAAACAGCACGGGCAGAAUCAGACACUACACUCAAGAAAGAUAGCCGAUCAUCUUCUCGCCCCUCUUCCGCUCGCAGUAGACGGUCGUCCCUGUCAAACUCGAUCACUAUGACAUCGAGCAGCACUAAGACCAACAAAACACCAGAACCUUCUGGUUUACAGGAGUGGCAUCAUAACUACAUGAAGGGAUGUUUCUUUCUGGAAGAUGAUGGGAGUAUCAGCUCACUGCAGUACCAGCUCCACCUGCCCCAGACAACCAGCAUCUAUCUAACCAUUCAACCACUCAGCCUCAGCCACAGACCUGAUAAACCUUCCUCCUGGACGACAGUGGACACAUCUCUUUUUGUCAUGUCAGCUGGUGAAACCAAAGAGGACUCAAUGUUUGUGUGUUUCACAGAGUCGAAAGACAAAGAAAGGUAUGUUUGGAAAGGAGAACUGAAUGCUGGGACUUACUACCUGCUUCCCUUCUCCAGUGGCUGCAGACUGAGGAAAAGGAGCAGAAAGAGCCUUUCUAAUAAACCUAUAGAGCUCGUCUACAAGACUGACACUGGAGAACUAGACCUCACCAGGGAGCUCAGGGAGGUGCUGUCUGACAUCUUUGAGGUGAUAGACAUGGAUGGGAAUGGUUUGCUCAGUCUGGAGGAGUACAACUUCUUUGAGCUGAGGACAAGUGGAGAAAAAUGUGACAAGGAUUCCUGGGCUGUCUGCAAAGAGAACUUUGAUAUGAGAAAGAACCAGCUGACAAGGCAGGGCUUCAUGGAGCUGAACCUGAUGGAGGCCACAGAGAAAGACGGAGAUCCUGCUGACCUGUGGGUCACCCUAGAAGCAAUGGGCUACAACCGGAUGCUUGAGCUAGUGGAGGCUUGUCCAUUCCAGAUAGAUAUACACUGUGAAGGCACUCAGCCAUCAAUCCAGCCGCUCAGUAUGGACUCAGGGCCCAAGCUUCUGAACCAGGCCCUUCAGAAGUCCAUCACAGCUAGGACAGGGGCCAAAUCACUGAGAGGACACGACAGCGUCUUUAUCUACACCUACCGAGGAGAACACAGGAUUUCCUCCGUCAUAGCCAACAAGUCCAACCAGAAAGUGACGGUCCAUGUGAACAAUGAGCAGAACAGGAACUGCAGCAGCAGUAGAGGCAUGAGUGUGUUUGCUGUAGAGGUGCCAGCCAGGACUAAGAUGGUGUGCCAACACGCCCUGCCCAUCAAUGAGAAACAGGAUUGGACCUACAACUGUGUGGAGACUAGUCUGCCCUGCACGUAAAGCUGCACUCCCAUAGAAGAUCACAGCUCUUCUAGUAAAACAGAAUAGCUACUAGUGAGCUCAAUUUAUUAUUUAACCAACAGUUUCACACACGGUACACAAAGAAUAGAAAAUGUUUUAUAUCCAUAUGAAAACUGUAGUUAUAGGAUAUGUGUGAUAAGUGCAAUUGCAACCCAGUUAUAUGAACGUUUAACAAGAACAAUGCCUUAUUAUUUUAACUUAAAACUUAGCUGUGUGUUUGGUAUCAACAUUUGGAGCUGAGACGCUCUGCCCUCUUACAGCCAGCAGCUUCCUCAGCCCUACUUACAGGAAUCUGACAACAUCACCCAGCUGCUGUCUCAGAGGCUCCAAACAUUAAAGACAUCAACCAUGAGUGGCAGCAAGAGGUGAUUACACAAGGUAGAGUUGAUAAUGGUGACAGUUGUUACUGCUUUCAUGUUACUGUUGUGCUUGUUUCCUAUAUUGUUUCUGCUAUUUGAAGAAAUCUAAAUGUGAAUUUUGUGGUACUAAUUUAAAUUAGUUUACAAUAGAAUGUAAUUUACCAUAUUAAUAAUCCUUAACAAAUUGUAUAUUUUCAAUGUAAAUAGGCUUUAUCAUAGUUUUUACUGGUAGUUUCAUAAUAGUUUAUAUAUCACAAUUUCGGUUUCCAACAAUGUCUUAAAA